AUGGUCCUCAGAGCGACAUACCCAGAUGCCGCCGCGGGAUGGCAGCCUCACCGGGCUACGAUCACUCGGCUCUACCGAGAUGAAGGCCGCUCACUGACGGAAGUCAUGGUGAUCAUGGCAGAAGAGUAUGGCUUGAAAGCAACUACCAAAAUGUACAAAUCCCGCAUUGCGCGGUGGGGUCUUGACAAGAAGAACAAACGCCACGAAGUCAAGGAGAUCCUCUGGCAGCGUGCCAGUAGGCGGUCGCUUGGUAAGAAGUCCGAGUUUGUCCUCCGAGGGCGUAAUGUCGACAUUGCCGAUCUCGAGCGAUACGCCAGACGUGCCGGGUUGGCUUUGUACCCGGACCAUCGUCCGCCUACUGAGCCAGCAGUCGGCCACGACCUCAUCUGUUAUACUCCACCACCGUCACCGCUCUCUUUGGAUCUCAAUCCUCCCACCUCGUUACGCAACAUCGAAUAUUUUCUCCAUUCUUUCAGUGUCUUCGUGGGCGAUUCGCUGCAGUCGGGAUUGUGGAAACUCGGCAAGGAUGUCAUGGGUUUCGCAUGCAUAGUGGGCGCGGAACAUCCGACCAGUUGCCGCGAUCGCUUCGUCCUGUCUAUCGAGAGAGGUGUCAUGAGGUAUAACCUGGGAGACCUAUCGCAGGCUUACCGGCAGUGGCGCACAGCGGGUCGUGAACUGCAAUCCGUCGUCGAGUCUCGAAGACCGUCCCAACUACUUUGCCUGGUCGAGCUUGUGGCGUACCUGGCGAAAUGCGAGGACGCGGUCGCUAAUCAGCUUCUAAGGUACCUCGGCGAUCUGGUCAGCGAGCAUGGCGAUAGUGAUGCUCGCUUGGCAGUGCUCCAAAGUCUGAGCGGCCUCCAGGCUGAAGACCUGGCCGGCCUGGCCCAGGCGUCGCACGACUGCUCUCGCGACGCCUUUUCCGGCCAUUUCAACCGGCAGGCUUUCUUUCUUCUGGACUCCGAGACCAUCUUGAUGCAGUCAAACCAUGGCGCGGCCGAGUACAGCCCACAACUGAGUAACCUCAUUUUGGGGUGGGAGACUUAUGAUGUCGAGGCGCUCCGGGCAGCCAGAAGUGUGAUGGAGAUCCUCAUGGCGGCCGAACGAUACAAGGAAGCCGAGCACAUCACAUGGAUCCAUAUCCAGCGGAUGCACGAGAUGCAGUACGACGGUGUGUUGGGGGGUGCCUUUUCUCACGCCUACAGCUACCUGAGCCACCUGUACCUCAUGACCCAGGACUACGAAAAGGCCUACUAUUGCACGCUCCUGAAAGUUGACAACUACUUCAAGGUGCUAGCAUAUCGGACAGACCUCCCCGAAGAUUUCAUCUUGUCAUCGUUUGACCUGCUGGCGUCACUAGCGAUAAAGCUCGGAAUGGACGAGGAAGCAGAGAAGUGGCGGCGGAAAUCCACGACCCUCAAAGCUCACACUGACGCAUUGGCGGAAAUGGAGCUCUCAUGCCUGCAGUCCCGGGCGCAAGCGAGCCAAGGGGUCCAUAGCCCCGGCAUCGACUUCCCGAGGCGGCAAAACGAGACCUCGCCUUCUGCUACGCAAGAAGUCCUGUCAGGAUUCCCGGUGAACAACUUCUGCCACAGCUCAGCCACGCCAGUCCGGCCACAUCCCGACCUGCUCCUUUCCUAUGCACAGAAGCGACCCAAAUGGUGCGCCCCCCCAUCCUAUAACGCUGCCAACGACGGAAAUGAACUGUUGCCUUCAAACACAUACAGCACAUCUCUCGUACAUCUCUGGGUGUAG